AUGGUGAUUCGAGCGCAGCGUCCGUCCGGUGUUCCACUGCUGAACGGAGGCGAGGAGAGGACGGGCGUCGAUUGUUCCCAACACCUGCCUGGUUUCUUGGACCCAUCGGCGGUGAUGUUCUCCGGUGGCGGAGCGACUGCGAACCCGAGGAAGCGAGGAAGAGAGGAGGCGGCGGUGGCAAUCGGGUCGACGCCGGUGCAAGAUAAUGACAGUAUUAGUAAUCUCUUGGUCUUGGGACCCAGCAGUCUUCCGCCAACGUUGAUAAGCCUCGCGCAUCUUCGAUCGGAAUCCGCUGCUCCCCUCACCUCCACCGGCCUCCAACUCGCCUUUGGCGAGCAGCAGCAGCAGCAACGCGCCUGCAACCCCCUUCUUCCUGCUUCCCCAGCCCUCUUCGAGAAACUCGCCCCUCACCUUAAGCAGCACCAAGACGAAAUCGAUGGCUACCUACGCGCGCAGGCUCUCCUGAGCGCCGCGGCAACUGCGGCACGGCAGAGGAUCAAGACGAAGGAAGCAGAGGUGGAGCAGGCCGCAAGGCAGAGCGCCGAGCUCGAGAGGUUAAUCGCCCGCUUGAGAGCCGAGACGCUUUCCUGGCAAGCCAAAGCGGUGGCGGCCCAGACUGCGGUCGCGGGUCUACAGGCGCAGCUUCAGCGGGCCACGGAGGUGGCCGCGGCCGCCUGGGAGGGCGAGGGCGAGAGCGGCUCUGCCUCGUUGAUCGACCAAGAGUCGGCAGCCCAGGGGUCAUGCCGCGCGUGCCGGCUGCGAAACGCGGCGGUUGUGGUGCUCCCGUGCCGCCACCUCUCCCUCUGCGCCGACUGCGCGGCCGCCGGUGCCGCUGAUUCGUGCCCCGCUUGCGGGCGCAUCAGCACCGGGAGCCUCCACGUUGCCUUCUCCUAA